GGAGACUAGGAGGGACGAACGCAUUUCCUCUGCGUCUGUGUGAAAGAAAGGAUAGAAAGUUCCAUAACACAUGGCUUAGAACAAACACGCGAGGUUUGCUCUCAGAGAUGCAAGAUCCCCCUUCAAACCCUAAUCCCAAUCCCUCUUCUCACAAUGCCAAUGCCAAUGCCAAUGCCACUUCUCAAUUCCCGCCACCGCCCCCCGCUGUUUCGGCUUCCGCGCCGACGGCGACUCCCGCCGGGUCAUCUUCGUCUUCUUCGCUCUUCAUGAGGGGAGGAGCUGCUGCCACCGGCGUCGUUGGGUCCCACCCAAUCCACCACCACCACCACAGGAGGGCCCACUCCGAGGUUAACUUCCGCUUGCCCGAUGACAUGAUGGAUCUGUCGCCGUCUGAUCCGUUCAAUGGCGGCUCAUCCACGGCUAGCCUUGAAGAGAUCGGAUCCGAGGACGACCUCUUCUCCACUUACAUUGAUGUUGACAAACUCGGAGGUGCUAACGGAUCGGGAAGUGGUGGCAACGGAUCAGAUCAGAAUGGCAAUGGGAAUGGGAAUGGCGUCGGUACUAGCAAUCACAAUGAAAGAGAGAAGAGCCCGAGUGCAAGGCCGAGACACAGGCACAGUAGCUCCGUGGACGGGUCGACUUCUACAAGCAUGUUUGGAGAGAUUAUGGAGGCAAAGAAAGCUAUGCCUCCAGAUAAGUUAGCUGAACUGUGGACGAUUGAUCCCAAGCGUGCCAAGAGAAUUCUAGCGAAUCGACAAUCCGCUGCUCGUUCAAAAGAGAGGAAAGCUCGUUAUAUUCAAGAACUUGAGCGCAAAGUUCAGACCCUUCAGACUGAAGCCACAACUCUUUCUGCCCAACUUACACUGUACCAGAGGGACACAACAGGUCUGAGCACAGAAAAUACAGAGCUUAAGCUUCGUCUGCAAGCCAUGGAACAACAGGCACAGCUUCGAGAUGCUCUUAAUGAAGCAUUGAAGAAGGAAGUUGAGAGACUUAAGAUUGCAACUGGGGAGAUGAUGAGCCCUUCUGAAUCAUUUAAUCUGGGAAUGCACCAGAUGCAGUUUACGGCUUCAAACUUCUUUCCACUUCCACCUCAGUCAGGGCCUUCUGGUCACCACAGCAUGCAGUUGCCGUCAUUCAACCACUCGUCUAGUAUGCCAAUUCAUCAACAUCAACUGCAACAAACAGACUCUCAUCCAUUCUCAGAAAUGUUGCAGAAUGACCAACUUGGUCGUUUGCAGGGGCUUGACAUUAGUAGCAAAGGAUCACCCCUUGUGAAGUCUGAAGGCCCCUCACUUUCUGCAAGUGAGAGUAGCACAACAUUUUAAGUUUGACACAACUGUUUGACCAGCUGACUCAUCCAUGGCCCGCCUUUCUCGUCAAUUGUUUUAGAGUGUUGACAUCUAGUUAUUUAUUGAAGGUACUGCAUUCUAUUAAUAUCCAUUCAGAUUAAGUAUAAAUUCUAAAUUGUUUAUUCUUAGGGUUGCUCCCCAAAAAGGGGAAGCACCCUUGGGGUUUUGUUGCAAAGCUCAAGAAUUCUUGUUUCUACAUGGCAUUUGGUGUUUCUGGGCGCUAAAAUAUUGGGAAUGAAGGGUCAUUCUCAUUGUAUCUUCGGAAGUUGGGACUUUUGUCAAUCCCCUCCUGUCAUUUGUAUCAUCAUUUACGUGAUAGCAUUGUAAACUGUGUGAUUUAUUGUUCUGUUCUCAAUGUAAGAUGAACUUGAAACCCCAUAAUGCCUUUAUUAUUAUCAUUU